AUGGCGACGGUCUGCAAGAAGAAGAAUUUCUCUCUCAAAGUUUUGUCGCGGAAUCCAGACAACUACAAACGAGAAACGAAAUUAGAUAUUCAUAGAGCCCCACAAAAUCCAGAAGCCUACCUCCACCCGUUUGCCUUGGACAGAGAGUACCAGAGAGCCUUGAAUGCCACCAAGCUGGAGCGAGUCUUUGCCAAGCCAUUUCUUUGUGGCCUUGAAGGGCACAAAGACAGCAUUGAGGUGUUGGCAAAGUUCCCCACUCGGCUCGCACACAUCCUGUCUGCUGCUUCUGAUGGAGAGAUUCGGUUAUGGGACCUGUCCACCAAAAAGUGUGUCAGUUCAGUUGUGGCCCACCAUGGCCUGGUCCACGGUCUGUGCUCACAUCGGACCGGCCAGUACUUUAUCUCGUGUGGCCAGGAUGCAAACAUCAAGUUUUGGGGAUGUUCAGAAGAAGGCCAGAUAUCUCCAGACCCCUUGAAAACAUUACUUACUAAGCAAGUAUAUCAGUGCGUUGACCACCAUGAGAAGGAGGACAUCUUCGUCACCUGCGGUCAGUCACUGGACGUCUGGAUAGGAGAUCGGUCACAGCCACUGCAGUCAUACAAAUGGGGACUGGACAGCAUGCACUAUGUUAGGUUCAAUAGGAUAGAGACACAUCUUGUGGCAGCGGCAGCAGACGAUAGAAGUAUCAUGUUGUAUGAUACUCGUGGUUCCUCAGCAGUGCAAAAGCUCAUAAUGAAAAUGAAGACUAAUGCCAUCAGCUGGAACCCCAUGCAGGCUUUUGUGUUCACGGCUGCGUGUGAUGAUUACAAUCUAUACACGUAUGAUGUGAGAAACCUGAGGAUGGCCACGAACAAGCAUGAGGACCACAUUGCUGCAGUGAUGGAUGUCGACUAUGCCCCCACAGGAAAGGAGUUUGUCACAGCCGGCUACGACAAGUGUGUCCGCAUAUUUAAUGCCGUGGAGGGACACAGUCGGGACAUCUACACAACAAAACGCAUGCAGCGAGUCAACCAUGUCCUGUGGUCGAUGGACAACAAGUACAUCCUGUCUGGCUCGGAUGAGAUGAGCAUUCGCUUGUGGAAGGCAAAGGCUUCAGAAAAACUUGGAGUGAUGAAACCCAGGGAGAAGACAGCCUUCAACACCACAGAAGUGCUGAAGAAAACUUUCAAGGAUUACCCAGAGAUCAGGAGAAUCUCCCGCCACAGACACGUGCCCAAGAUGAUCUACCAUCACAAGCAGGAGAUGCGGGAUAUCAAGGAGUCUCAGAAACGAAAAGAGAGCAACAGACGGUUCCACAGCAAGCCUGGCGCUGUGCCGUUCCAACCGGAGAGGAAAAAGCAGGUCGUGGAGGUCAAAGAUUAG